ACACCAGAAUGUGAAGAAUAACUAAUUAUGCUUGAAACAGCUUACAACAAUCUCGUUUCAUGUCUAAAGUAAAUAAGAGGGCUGUCCAUAGAGAAUAAGGGGCUGUCUUGAGGUCGUGGUCUGCCUUGGGGGAUGGGUGUGGUGCAGUUUACGUUACGUAUGUUGCUGUUUGGUAACACCGGUUCAGCGUGCUACAACACGCGCAGGCGCAAACACCUAUACAUUGAAUUGUGAGAUUUUCUAUCAGCUGCAAUCGUGCAAGAACAUUUGCGGUGCUGUGCAUUGUACCACGCUAUUAUCAAUAUGUCUAGUUCGCGCACGAUAAUCUGUCUACUGCGAAAUGAUUUGCGUCUUCACGACAACGAGGUGUUCCACUGGGCCCAGAAGAAUGCAGAGCACAUUGUCCCACUCUACUGCUUUGACCCGCUACAGUAUUUGGGAACCCACUGCUUCAAUUUCCCAAAGACAGGACCUUUCCGUUUGCGCUUUCUUCUUGACAGUGUACAUGAUCUGCGGGCCUCCCUCAAAAAGCGAGGAAGUAAUCUUGUGGUGCGUUGUGGAAAACCAGACCAAGUGGUUGAUGAUCUUAUCAGGCAGCUAGGCUCAGUCACAGCUGUAGCUUUCCAUGAAGAGGUGACGCAAGAGGAGUUGGAGGUUGAGAAGCAGAUCAAGGAUGUUUGCUCGAAAAACAAAGUCAAAGUUCAAAGCUUUUGGGGAUCCACGCUUUACCACAAACAUGACCUGCCUUUCAACCAUAUCAGCAGGCUUCCUGAUGUGUACACCCAGUUCAGAAAGGCGGUGGAGUCCCAGGCCAGGGUUAGGCCAGUGCUUUCCAGUCCGACCCAGCUGAGGCCUCUCCCCCUGGGCCUGGAGGAAGGGUCAAUUCCCACAUACAAGGACCUGGAACAGACAGAGCCAGUGGCUGAUCCACGUUCUGCCUUCCCUUGCUCUGGAGGGGAGAGUGAGGCUUUGGCUCGACUACAGCAUUACUUCUGGGAUACAGAUGCUGUGGCGACUUACAAAGAAACCCGAAAUGGCUUGAUUGGGAUAGAUUAUUCUACAAAAUUCUCACCAUGGCUUGCAAUGGGCUGCAUAUCUCCACGGUACAUUUAUGAACAGAUCAAGAAAUAUGAGCGAGAGAGAACAGCCAACCAAAGCACAUAUUGGGUCAUAUUUGAGCUACUUUGGAGGGAUUACUUCAAGUUUGUGGCUAUGAAGUAUGGAAACAGACUAUUUAAUUUAAAUGGUCUACAAGACAAGCAUGUGCCUUGGAAGACAGACAGCAAGCUCCUUGAUGCUUGGAAAGAGGGACGGACAGGAGUACCCUUCGUGGACGCCAAUAUGAGGGAGCUGGCCCUCACUGGCUUCAUGUCCAACAGAGGGAGACAGAACGUAGCCAGCUUCCUCACCAAAGACCUGGGCCUGGACUGGAGGAUGGGGGCAGAGUGGUUCGAGUACUUACUGGUUGACCAUGAUGUGUGCAGCAACUAUGGAAACUGGUUGUACAGUGCGGGCAUAGGCAAUGACCCGAGAGAGAACAGGAAGUUCAAUAUGAUCAAACAGGGACUGGACUAUGACAAUAAUGGAGACUACGUGAGGCAGUGGGUACCUGAACUGCGGGGCAUUAAAGGAGGGGACGUUCACACACCGUGGGCCCUGAGCAGUGCAGCUUUGUCACAUGCCAAAGUGUCUCUCAAUGACACAUACCCGUCCCCAGUCGUCAUGGCACCUGAAUGGAAUCGCCAUGUCAACAAGAAGCCUGUUGGCGCAUCUGGCUCCUCUUCGAGAGGGAGAAAGGGUCCAUCACAUACCCACAAACAGCACAAGGACAGAGGCAUUGACUUUUACUUCUCCAAGAGCAAGGGUCUGAAUGCAUCCAAUGAUUGACUAUGAUUGACUUCGAGGAUUGUCUCUUUGCUUUUGACAGGGCUAGUUUGGGCAUGCCCUUUGUCAGUACAGAGCAUGUGUUAUAUUUGUUAGAAAGGGUGAUAAACAUGUAUUUGUAUAUGAAGUAUACAAACAGUACACUCUAACACAGCACCUGUUUUCUCUUUACAUAAAUGGUAAAGCCUUAAGCCUGAAAUGCUUACAUUGUAAAUUGAAAUGAAACUAUUCAUCUGUGCAAUACUUUGGGAUGGUAUGUAGUUUGUGGACUGUUUAUGUAGUUUUAAUAAUGACAAGCCUGUUGUACUCUUCUUUUGUGAAACGUUUUUAAAUAAAACUUUUGUAAUUUGGUGGAUUGA